UGGUGCUGCGCCAUUACCGGUGCCGGUGUCUUGCGCGGGGCAGGCAAGAUGAGCAGGGCGAGGGCGGACGAGGAGGAGUACUGGCACAGCUCCAAGUUCCGAGCCUUCACCUUCGACGACGAGGAUGACGAACUGUCCCAGCUAAAGGAAUCCAAACGGGCAGUGAAUAGCCUUCGGGAUAUUGUCGACGAUGAUGACGAUGACCUUGAGAAGGUCAGCUGGAGUGGGGAACCUGUGGGAAGUAUCUCCUGGUCAAUCAAAGAGACAGCUUCUAGCAGCGCUAGUUUCCUGGGGGGUCGAGAUUCCAGCCUGCAGAAGGGCUCUUCAUCCUUUACGACUUUUCCCAAACAAGCCUCUUCCUACUCCCUAAGCAGCCUAUUCAAAGGACGAAAUAAACUUCCAAGUUUCCAGUCCCUUUCAGAUGCCCUCUCUGACACAGGAAUUAAAAACUACACCCCAGAGCUGCGCAGACCAAAAGCAGAGUACAAGGAUUACAGUAAUGUCUGGAACCCCAAAGAUACUGUCAGGCGAAUGCAGAGGGGCAAGGUCUGCUCUCUAGAGAGAUUCCGCUCCUUACAGGACAAGCUGGUGCUCUUGGAUGAAGCUGUGGCAGGGCAUGAUGGGAACGUCAUUACAGCUGUCCUGAUAUUCCUGAAACAGACACUAAGGAAAGAGAUCUUGUUUCGGGAGUUGGAGGUGCGGCAAGUGGCCCUGUGUCAUCUGAUCCAUUUCCUCAAAGAGAUGGGUGAGCAGAAGUUGCUUCUGGAUCUGUUCAGGUUUCUGGACAGGACUGAGGAAGUUGCACUGUCCCAGUACCAGGAGCAUUUGAACAUCCAGGAUGUAGAAAAACGAAGGGAGUUUCUGAAAGACUGCAUUAGGCUACCUUUUUCAGCUGAUGAUACAUCUCACAUCCAAGACCAUUAUACCCUGCUGGAGAGACAGAUAAUCAUUGAGGCCAAUGAUCGGCACUUAGAGACAGCUGGGCAGUCAGAGAUAUUUCGGAAGUAUCCUCGCAAGGCCUCGAUUCUCAACAUGCCACUGGUGACCACUCUCUUCUACUCCUGUUUCUACCACUACACAGAGGCUGAGGGGACGUUCAGCAGCCCGAGCAACCUGAAGAAAACAUUUAAGAUUCCUGAUAAGCAGUACGUGUUGACUGCCUUGGCUGCACGGGCCAAGCUGCGAGCUUGGAAUGAUGUUGAUGCCCUCUUUACCACCAAGAACUGGCUGGGCUAUACCAAGAAGAAGGCACCCAUUGGCUUCCACCGAGUGGUGGAGAUCUUGCAGAGGAACAGUGCUCCUGUGCAGGUGCUGCAGGAGUAUGUGCGCCUGGUGGAGGAUGUGGAGACACGGUUAAACCUUGCCACCAAGUACAAGUGCCAUGAUGUUGUCAUUGAUACAUACAGAGAUCUAAAAGAUCGUAUCCAGCUGGCAGCGUAUAGAUGCAAAGUAGAGCGGGGCUCUGCAGAAGAAGAGAAGAUAGACAACAUUCUCAACAAUAUGGUGAGAAACCCUGCUUUACUUUCUAGACACCUUCGUCAGAGACAGGCGUAUGUUGGCAAAUCCGAUGGAAGAACUGAGCACCUAUGAAGCAGCCCACUUGGCCAUUGCCUUGCCAGUGAGAGAGGAAACCAUGAAACCUGGUCCAGUGCCAACAGAGCAACUCUGUUACUUGUCAUUGCAUGGUUAAUAUCAGUCAGUGACAGUGGGUGCCUGUGGCUUGUGGGACAGGCAUUUGGGCUGGCUGAAGGCAGCUACUCCAGUGUAGACAGUGAAACAUGGUACUGAUCCACCAGGGUUGAUUCUUUUUGGAAUCUGAGUCUCUGACUUGGCUGUAAGCCAGGCAUGGCUUGUGUUUGCAGAUGGCAGUCACUGGCACAGCAGGGUUAUAUUUGCUCUGUGUGGUGUCUGGGCUUAUUCUAGCAAGAGGAACAGGUCAGUCACACUCAUGGGUCUCUCCAACAGACAAUGUUGACCAGUCCCUAUAGCACUCCCAGCUGACUUGGGCAUCAUCAUCCAUGGCUGUGUCCAGAGUAAAGCCUACAAGGCUGUACUCUCCCCACCUCAAAGAGCAUGACAGGGGAAAGAACCAGCUGUACCGUAAAACCCACUUUUCUUUUUUGUUGGUUUGUUCUUACUCAUCCCAAGAAAAGAGGUGUGUGAACUCCUGAGAGCAAAGGCAACAGCGUCUGCCACUAUCUCCAUGCUGGUACUCAGCAAGUUCCCUUGUCAGGGAAGAGUAGGCACCUGGUUGGAGCUGGUCAGAGCCUUGCUGGGUUGGGCAAAGACCAAGCAGGGACUCCUUUCAUUAGGCACAAACCUGCUGGACCCAGCAGCUCUUUUUUCUGAGAGAGUUAUACCAGGAAGGAUUGAACUGCACCUUCUCAGAAACAUGACUCCUCAGCAACUGUUGGCUUCACCCUUCCAGACGUCACUUCAUUCCCUAAAUAAAGCUGUCUCUUUCUCC